UUCAGUAGAGAUAUGCCAUUCGUAUCUCACGGUCGUUGCGUUUAUAAUUGGAGCUGUCGUGGUUAGUGGUCAUCGUGUAAAAUUUAUCAUUUCCUCUUCGGUUGAGCACCCUAAUUUCCAAAACGACCCAGUGUAAUUCGCUCACGCUUAUUCACCGAAGUUCCCUUUACACCUUUUUUUUUAAACCAUAGCCAGUUUUAGUAAUUAUAAGUGCACUUCGGUUAUGUAGUGGGGAAAACUUUCUCCGUUUUCCAGAAGUGAUUAUGUACCUGGGGUUCAAUAGUCUCUAAGUUGUGUUUUGAUCUAAUCGUGUUAAAGGGUGAACUGGAAGUGUAGAAAAAGUCCAACGAUUCCAAAGUACAGAUUCCUGUUAGUGCUGUAUCAUCUUAUUGUGGCUGUGUCGCUAACACAGAACACGUUUGCAGUGUAUUUCACCAGUGAAUAAGUUUUAAAUUUGCCCGAUUGAGCGCGGAGCAGCAAAGAAAAACGAAGAAUAAUUUUGAAAUUAGCUAUUAUAUCGGCAGCCGUAUACUCAGGGCGUAUACUCCAAUCCACCGAGGCAAGGUGGACGAACAACGUUUCGUCUGUUCUGCUGGCAGGAAAUGGCUCCAAACUUGAGUAAGAUAGCGGUAAAUCAGAACCUGGCGAUAGCGAUCGCUGGUUGCACCGCUGCCACCUGGAUUAUACUGUACGGCAAGCAAAUCCACAAAGCCCGCAAGCAACGGCCCGAGGAUGAAAUUCAAUACAUUAUCAGUGACAAGAAGGAGAAACGCACGACGAAAGCACACGUGAACUCGGUAUUUUUCAAGCAGCUGCGUGCACUACUGAAAAUAAUCAUUCCGAAGAAAUGGAGCGCAGAGAAUGGCUUGCUGCUAAUCAUAGCGGCGUCACUAAUCGCACGGUCCAUCAGCGACAUAUGGAUGAUCCAAAGUGCGACGGCCAUCGAGAGCACCAUUAUCACCAUGAACAAAAGCCAAUUUCGUAUCACCCUGUUCAAAUACCUUUCGGCGCUUCCGGCUAUCGCGGUAGUUAACAACGUUUUAAAGUGGAGCAUUGGUGAGCUGAAGCUUCGUUUUAGGACCAACCUCUCGCAGCACCUAUACACAGAGUACCUGAAAGGCUUCACCUACUACAAAAUGUCCAACCUAGACAAUCGAAUAGCGAACGCCGACCAGCUGUUGACCACCGACAUUGACAAGUUCUGCGAGAGCGUGACCGAUCUCUACUCCAACAUCUGCAAGCCGCUGCUUGACAUCGUGAUAUAUGUGUACAGACUGACGACGAACCUUGGCGGGAUGACUCCAAGCAUUCUGCUGCUGUAUCUGUUCUUCUCGGGGAUGUUCCUGACGAAUCUACGCAAACCGACCGGUCGACUAACCGUGAUGGAGCAGAAACUCGAAGGAGAGUUCCGAUACGUUAAUAGCAGACUUAUAACGAACUCGGAAGAAAUCGCGUUCUACAAAGGUAACAACCGCGAGAAGCUCACCAUUCUGGCAAGCUUCAACAAACUUGUGAGCCACAUGCGUAAGUUUCUCGAGUUCCGGGUUGGAAUGGGUAUAAUCGACAAUAUGGUCGCGAAAUAUAUCGCAACCGUUGUCGGUUUCUACGCCGUAUCGUUACCAUUCUUCGAAGAAAAUCAUCCACUGUUGACGGGUAGCCAAGCCGGCGAAAGAUUGAGUAAAUACUACACCUUCGGACGUAUGCUCGUGAAACUGGCGGAAGCUAUCGGCCGGCUGGUGCUGGCCGGCCGUGAAAUGUCUCGUCUAGCCGGUUUCACUGCCCGCAUGACGGAACUGACGGUUGUGCUGAGGGAUUUGAACGCCGGACGAUACGAGCGAACCAUGGUAAGUAAUUCGAGCGUUGCCGACGCCGAAAUCGGCCCGGGCAAAGGACUGCUCAAGUUCCAGGAUAACCUUAUCCGGUUCGAAAACGUUCCGCUGGUGACCCCGAACGGAGAUGUCCUCGUGAAGGAUUUGAACUUCGAGGUGAAAUCGGGUACGAAUGUGCUGGUGUGUGGUCCGAAUGGUUGUGGCAAGAGCAGUCUGUUCCGUAUCCUUGGCGAGCUGUGGCCUACCUGGGGCGGUAAGGUGACCAAACCACCGGCAGGCAAGUUGUUCUACAUUCCCCAGAGGCCUUAUAUGACGUUGGGAACGCUAAGGGAUCAGAUAACCUAUCCCCAUACACACCAGGAAAUGAAACGACGAGGAAAAACAGAUGCCGAUUUGCUGGGCUAUCUUGAACUCGUGCAGUUGACAUACCUACAAGUGCGUGAGAAUGGUUUGGACGCGAUCGAAGACUGGAUUGAUGUACUUUCCGGGGGCGAAAAGCAACGUAUUGCCAUGGCUCGCCUCUUCUACCACAAUCCACAGUUCGCUAUAUUGGAUGAGUGCACCUCUGCCGUUUCGGUUGACGUGGAAGGCAGCAUGUACGAAUAUUGUCGUAAAGCAGGCAUCACACUGUUCACCGUCUCGCAUCGCAAAUCGCUUUGGAAGCACCACGAUUUCUAUCUGCAAUUCGAUGGUCACGGGGCGUACGAGUUCGCUGCGAUCGAUGGCAGUGAGCAACAGUUCGGCUCGUGAUUUGUAUUAGAAGCAGCUAGCACAAGAUCGAACACAUGUGAGAGUCCUUAGAGUAUAUUAGACACAGUGAACGUGUACGUGUAUGCGUGAACGAGUUCGAGACGAUCGAACGGUGAUAAACGGUUCCAGGAUGUGGUGCAGGAAACCUACUUUAGGUGUAAAGUUAAUCCAGAAUAGGCUAUUAUUUUUACUUUCUUUUCCUUUAGGCUAAACUAAGGUUUGCAUUACUUUAUGUUUUGUUUAUUAGAUCUCUGUGGACAUCAAGUGUGAAACACAUAGAGCAACGGAGAAACUAUCGUUACAAUAAAGUAAUUUGUUUUUCCAUUUUCA